GCCCCAACUAAGAGGGUUGUGGUUACAGCACACCAUGGCUCUCCAACUACAACUGUGUCUUAUAUUGUCUCUCAGUAACUUUAUUAAUUCUCAUCCACUCUCCCGUCAAAGCAAUGGGUUGCGCGAUUGUCGUAAAACCAUGAAAAUCCCUGCUCUCGAGGUGUUGCCCGGUGGCGGCUGGGAUAACCUCCGUAAUGUGGACAUGGGUAGAGUGAUGAACUUCAGUUAUUCCCAAUGUCAAACCACAGAGGAUGGAAUCUAUCUCAUCCCCGAUGAAGUGUUCGUUAUCCCACAGAAGGUGAGUGGAGUGGAGACCAAUUCGGAAUUAAUCUCUUCGUGGCUCGAGCAACAGAGUACCACCUCUCACUCAAUCAACGCAGAUGCUUAUUUCUUCUCCGUCCUCAACGCAAAGUACUCAUCAGAAAAUCAAAGAAUGAAGACUCAUCAGGUCCGAGAGACUGCAGUUACUGCCCGUGUACAGGUGCGGAACCAUAUGUACACGGUGAAGACGUAUCCAGACUUCACUCUCGAUUCCCGAUUCGCCCAUCAAGCUGAGGAGAUUGCCGAUGCUAUCGAAAACAAUCAAACUAGGCAUGCAGCUUACCUGUCAGAGAGGCUAGUUCUUGACUACGGCACUCAUGUGAUAACCACCCUUGAAGCCGGUGCCUCUUUGGUGCAAGAGGACUAUCUCAGGGCAUCUUAUGUUGCCGACAGCGACUCUUCCAAAUCUACAGUGACGGCUUCAGCCGGGUUUAACUUUUUCAAUAAAGUUAGCUUUAACAUUGGCAGCAAGGACUCUUAUCAAACGUCAGAAACUCGCAGUUAUGAGGGAAACGUGACGUACUCUCUGACUCAGAGCCAUGGUGGUACUAUGUUCUACCCUGGCAUAACUUUGCAAAAAUGGCAGGAAAGCACUAUCAAAAACCUGGUAGCUAUAGAUAGUGCAGGAAUGCCGCUGCAUUACUUUCUAUCCAAGGCUGCGUUUCCCGACCUUCCCGAACCAACCGUGCGUAAACUGUCCACAUCCGUGCGUAAAGCUAUAGAGCGCUACUAUACCGUCAACACGCGGCCAGGAUGUGUUCAGCAAAUUUCUCAGAAUUUCAAUUAUCAGGCAAACGUAGAUGAUGGUAGCUGUGAUGGUCCAGCAACUAACUUGAGCUUCGGUGGCGUCUACCAGCAGUGCACACAGCUCACACAAGAUGUAGGUCCGAUUUGUGAGGCACAAGCUCAGAAAAACCCAAAUACUGGUGAUUACACCUGCCAUGAGCCCUUCACAGCUACCUUUUUACAAUCUCAGGAGGUGGAGGAGGGAUAUAAUCGCUACGAAUGCCAUCAGCACUGCCAUAGCUGUUGGCUGUUUUUCACAUGCUGCAAAAAGGUGUGUGGUGACGCGUACUAUGUCAGACGUGCCAAAGUUGAUACUUACUGGUGCUCUGCAAACACAGUAGCACAACAGUAUUCUGGGUAUCUUUUCGGGGGGCUCUAUGGCCCAGCGCUACUGAACCCUUUAACCAAAUCUAGAAGCUGCCCCGCCAGCUUCAUCCCUCUAAAACUGCUUGCCGACGGACUGAUGGUGUGCCUGAGCAACGACUAUGAGGCAGGCGCUCGCUUCUCAGUGCCUUUCGGGGGAUUCUUCAGCUGCAAGUCUGGCAACCCGCUCGUGAAUGGCCACUCUCGCUGUCCGCCAAAAUUUAGCCAGCACCUGGCCGCCAUAAGCGACGGGUGUCAAGUGCUCUACUGCGUCCAGUCAGGUGUUUUCACCGGUGGGCAGUUGCUGCCCAUUCACCUCCCUCCUUUCACCCUCACCCCAGUUACCUACAUGGUGGCCACCAACACUGUGGCUGUUAUGACUGAGGGGGACAAGGCCUGGAUACGCGUCGGAGACACAAAGAUGUGGAAACUGGCCAGCGCAGAUGAGAUCAAAAAGGUAUCAGACGAGAUGAACUUCUCAGCGAUGUCCGGAGGGGAGAAGUUUGGCGUUGUUGUUGGUGUUCUCGCGCUGGUUGCCCUGCUAGUGGUAGGUGUGGUUGUUGUGAUGAGGAGGAGGAGGAGAAUAACUAAGCCUCUGAUUGGCAGCAGGUAUGAGGAGAUCAGGGACGGGGGGCAAAGAGAGGCCGAGGCAGAGACUCUGGCUGAAUCACCAUCAGAGGGAGAGAAUGACAACCCUACACAGGCCCUGCUCCCAUAACUCUCCAGGAUACUGGUCUCCACGUCAGGGUUCAUGGCAUGCUAGAUAGAACCAGGGAAAGUCAACGGAGAAAGGUGUCAUGAUAUCUUUUCUUUUUAUAGUCUUGUACUUUUGUAGUCAAAGCUGCCAUUCAGGGUGUGCCUGCAUUAAGAUUAAGCUUAAGCUUGACUAAGUUUGUCUGUUUAACAGCUGGGAAUGUAAGAUGUACUGUAAUAACUUGUAGCAUUAAAACAAGAGGCACACAUGUUUCACAUGAAUAGAGAAUAAAGAAUGUAAUUUUUUUUCUUUUCUGAAUGUUAUGAUUGUCAGAGGAAUGUACUGUAGGAGAUUAUAGGCCACAAUCUGUGAAAAGCUAACAAAAGAUAAGAAAUGAUCUACCAUGUGGCUGUUUCAUAUUCUUUCUCAAAUAUAAUUCUGCAACUGUUGCACAUUUUUUUCUAGGUUUUGUUUUGUACGCAUUCCUUUUAUUGAUCGUUGUACUAACAAGCACUGAAAUAAACAGUUUAUUCCCCAGA